AUGCCCUGUUCAUCUACGUAUAUAAAUAAUGUUUGCUCCUUUCGCCAAGCCGAUAUAAUGAAACAUGAGGACAAUAGUCCGACUAAUGUAAAUACUGCUCUUUCUUCUCGUAUUAUUCAUUUUUUUUUUAUAUUUUCUUUCUUCUCUUCAUUUUUUUUUCUUUCUUGCAUUAUUCCUUUUUUUUUUCUUUAUUCUCUGAAUUUCUUUCAUUUUUUCUUGCAUUAUUAUUUUUUUCUUAUUUCCCGCCUUUCCUUAAUUUCAUUUAUGUCGUAUUCUUCAUUUUUCUCUAUUCUCCCUUUUUUACUUAAUUUCUUUCUGUUUUUCUUUCGUACAAUAUUAUUUUUUAUCUACUUUUCCUUAUUAUUUUUCUUUCUUUCAUUCUCGCAAUAUUCAUUUUCUUUACGUUUUAUUAUCUUUCUUUCUUCCUUUCUCGCGAAUUCAUUUUUCUUUAUUUUUUCUUUCUUUUAUUAA